AUGGUUGCGGUACACGAAAAGCUUUUCAGUAUCAAGUUUUUUGCAUUUGCUCCUGGAUGGGACAAAGAGAAACCAUGGGCAAAGUUCAUACUCAGGUGCAUUUUGAACCACAAGGAGGCAAACACCAAUGUUGAGACCGAUGAACCGUCCAAUGGAUACCCAAACAACGACACUAAUUUUAAGAAUGAAGAGAGAAUUUCCGUGGUGGAUCGCAGCGAACAAGAAAGUUCGAAUGAAGGAGAAGAAAGAGAGCAGGCAAAUGUCUGGGAUGUUCAUGCUGCUUCUGCGAGUACUGCAAUGCAAGACUUCGCGGAUGAUUUCUUAGUCUUCCUCGAGCUUGUCAUCAUUGCACAUGACAUGAACAUAGUUCGCCCCGUGGUCUUGCAACGAGCUGCAGAUAAUGUAACGCCAGCAAAGUCGACGCGUCUUAUGAUUCUCCUAGUACCUUCGGUAACGAAAUUUGCAUCGCCUACCAGAGGGCAAGAGCAGACUUUUGAGAAUCAGUUGAUUCAAGACCCAGCCACGAAAGGUCCAAUCUCGAGUUCCCGGUUUCUAGUUAGAAGUUCACCAAUAACAAAGCAAACAAGACAUUCCAAGCGAGCACCCAUUGGAUCUAUUGCUCCAGCUGUUCGACAACAUUUGCGCGAAUGA